GCUGCGCCCCGGGCCUGAGCCGCCCGCCGUCUCCGCCCCGGCCUGCGCGGCCAGCCCGGCGGGCUCGCCUCCGAGGGGCACUUGCCGCUGAGGUGGAGCCGUUUGCACCAGACGCUCCUGCUCCUGCCCCCUCCCUCCCCCUCCCCUCCCCUCCCCCUCCCUCCUCCCCUCCGGUCCUGUCUCCAGCGGGAGCGCGAGACGCUGGUCAGGCUCCGCGGCGCAGCUCGAAAAGGAAUAAUCGCCCCCAAUUGACUUAAAUUCCGCCGAAGCCGGCGCCGCGGCCUCCCGCCGCCCGGGAUCUGCUCGCUGUGUUUUUUCGCUUUCUCUAUUCUUCCUUUAAAAAAAAAAAAAAAAAAAAAAAGCAAAACAAAACCAGCCAGCCAGCCAACCAAGAAUCCGGUUUGUUGAUCGCCUUGGUUUUUUUUUUUUUUUUUUUUUCACCGUUUGCGGGAUUUGCAAACCGAGUUACAUGCAUGUCCAGUGGGGGUAGGUUUAAUUUUGACGAUGGAGGGUCCUACUGUGGAGGCUGGGAGGACGGCAAGGCGCACGGCCAUGGCGUCUGCACCGGCCCCAAGGGCCAAGGCGAAUACACCGGCUCGUGGAGCCACGGCUUCGAGGUGCUGGGCGUCUACACCUGGCCCAGCGGCAACACGUACCAGGGCACUUGGGCGCAGGGCAAGCGCCACGGCAUCGGCCUGGAGAGCAAGGGGAAGUGGGUGUACAAGGGCGAGUGGACGCACGGAUUUAAGGGGCGCUACGGGGUGCGGGAGUGCACGGGCAACGGGGCCAAGUACGAAGGGACCUGGAGCAACGGCCUGCAGGACGGCUAUGGCACAGAGACCUACUCAGACGGAGGGACCUACCAGGGCCAGUGGGCCGGCGGCAUGCGCCAGGGCUACGGUGUGCGGCAGAGCGUCCCCUACGGCAUGGCGGCCGUCAUCCGCUCGCCCCUGAGGACGUCCAUCAACUCCCUGCGCAGCGAGCACACCAACGGCGCCGCGCUGCACCCCGACGCGUCCCCGGCGGCGGCCGGCAGCCCGGCCGUGUCCCGAGGGGGCUUCGUGCUCGUGGCGCACAGCGACUCCGACAGCCUCAAGAGCAAGAAGAAGGGGCUGUUCCGGCGCUCGCUGCUGAGCGGCCUGAAGCUGCGCAAGUCCGAGUCCAAGAGCAGCCUGGCCAGCCAGCGCAGCAAGCAGAGCUCGUUCCGCAGCGAGGCCGGCAUGAGCACCGUCAGCUCCACCGCCAGCGACAUCCACUCCACCAUCAGCCUGGGCGAGGGCGAGGCCGAGCUGGCGGUCAUCGAGGACGACAUCGACGCCACCACCACCGAGACCUACGUGGGCGAGUGGAAGAGCGACAAGCGCUCGGGCUUCGGGGUGAGCCAGCGCUCGGACGGGCUCAAGUACGAGGGCGAGUGGGCCGGCAACCGGCGGCACGGCUACGGCUGCAUGACGUUCCCCGACGGCACCAAGGAGGAGGGCAAGUACAAGCAGAACGUCCUCGUGAGCGGCAAGCGCAAGAACCUCAUCCCGCUGCGCGCCAGCAAGAUCCGCGAGAAGGUGGACCGGGCCGUGGAGGCCGCCGAGCGGGCCGCCACCAUCGCCAAGCAGAAGGCGGAGAUCGCGGCCUCCAGGACGUCGCACUCCCGGGCCAAGGCUGAGGCCGCCCUCACCGCAGCGCAGAAGGCCCAGGAGGAGGCGCGCGUCGCCAGGAUCACUGCCAAAGAGUUCUCCCCUUCCUUCCAGCACCGGGAAAACGGGCUCGAGUACCAGCGGCCGAAGCACCCGAUUUCCAGCAGUGACAUCGAGGUGGCCUCCACGGGGACGCCCCUGCAGCAGGAGAGCCCCGAGCUGUACCGCAAAGGCACCACCCCCUCGGACCUGACCCCCGACGACAGCCCCCUGCAGAGCUUCCCCGCCAGCCCCACGGCCACCCCGCCCCCGGCCCCUGCCUCACGGAACAAGGUUGCCCACUUCUCCCGGCAGGUCUCUGUGGACGAGGAGCGAGGCGGGGACAUCCAGAUGCUCCUGGAGGGCCGGGGAGGGGACUAUGCCCGCAACAGCUGGGGCGAGGAGAAGGCCGGCAGCUCCAGGGGCGUCCGCGGCGGCGCCCUCCGCAGCGGUCAGCCCGCAGACGACUUCCGCUCCCGGAGCUCGGGCCACAGGCAGCCCGGCAACCCCAAGUCCCGGGAGCGGCGGACGGAGUCGCCCCCCACCUUCUCCUGGACUUCCCACCACCGGACCGGCACCGGCUCGGCGGGCGCCAAGCUGCUGGAGCUGGAGGAGGAGAAGUUGAGCAACUACGAGACGGAGAUGAAACCGCUGCGGCGGAUGGACUCGUGCGCGCAGGAGGCGCACCCCCAGAAGAGGCGCUCCAGCAGGGGCGGCGCCUGCCGGGGCCUGGGCGAGGACCACCGCCCCGAGGAGCGGGGCUUCGGGGCGCAGAGGCUGCGGUCCAAGCCCCAGAGCAAGGACGGCGCCAGGCCGGCCUCGUGCAUGGAGCCCGCGGUGCAGAGGCUGGAGAGCCUGCGGCUGGGAGAGCGGGCUGAGCCGCGGCUGCUGCGCUGGGACCUGGCCUUCUCCCCGCCCCAGAAGUCCUCCCCGGUAGCGCUGGAGUCGGACGGAGAGGACGGGGACGAGCUCAAACCCAGCACGGGCUCGGCCCCCAUCCUGGUGGCCAUGGUGAUCUUGCUCAACAUCGGAGUCGCCAUCUUGUUUAUUAACUUUUUCAUCUGAGGAGACGUCGCGUGAGCAAAAACAGCGGUCGAUGUACAAAAGGGGGACGUUUAAAAAAAAAAAAAAAAAAAACGACAGAAAGGAAAGGAUGGUCACUCAGACGGCCGGACAACCACUUCUGAGACUUUUCACAGAACAAUGUGAUUGGGUAUUACUCACAGUUUGCCUUUUUUUCUGGGUAAUGUUUUUUGGAUUUUAGCCAAAAUUCUUUGCUUGUAUAACACGAUGCUGUGUGGCAUGGCAGAAGGAGGCCAGCACGCCGACCCUCCAGCUUGGUGUGGAAAGGAAAGGGACCCCGGCAAAUCAAUGGCCAAAAAACAAAACGGUCACCGUCCUCGCCGCCAUCACACUCCAUCUGGGACUGGAAAAGGAGGCGGCCGGAGGAAGACCCCAGCGCGUCCAGCUGUGCUGUGAGGCUGAAUGCGGGAAGUCUGUUACCUGUGCCGCUCCCCUGGGUCCUGGAAUAGCGGGUGACAAGUAGGGGCGGGGGGCGGGGGGGGGAGUGGGCGCGCCUUCCCAGCAGGCAGCAGCCGAGGCCGCUUCCUGUUUUGAGUCUGUGCCGUGUACCUGAGGAAGCAGGGAUCUGCCGCCUCUCCCCAAGGAGUCUGAGAGCAAGGUCCUCCUUCCCCACGGUCUGCCCCCUCCCCCACCACUCCCCCCUUCGUCCCACACCCCCAGCAGCAGUGGUGCGGACGGGACAGAGGGCAGGGAGUGCCGUGGGGCCACCUAGCUGCCACGCCCGGCUCCGAGUGUGUGGCCUUUCUCCACUUGGCAUGCAGGAUGUGUAUCCCGGCUCCCCUGUCCCUGUCAGACGUCCAUGGCAGUGACCUGGCCCGCGGCGACGUCAUUCCCUCUCGCGGUCCCCGGCCACAUGGGUUUUCACGUCUUUGUCCUGUGCCGGCCUCCACGUCCCCCACAGAUAUGCACACUCUUUCCAGAUGCCUCGUUCAUACUCCGGAGCUGGUCUGGGCCCAGGACAGGAAUGUGGGUGAAACCCAGUGGCUUCCAAACACCUGAGCACUCGCUGCUGCCCCCUCUCCCCCAAAAGACACAACUCUGCCUUCUCGACCAAUGUUGCACCACCAUCCAAACGAGAGAACAAGGUUCCAGAAUGUGCGGGCGCCCCGUGGUCCUAGCGCUGGAGCCAGCCCCGGCCAGGGCGUAUGGACGUGUCUGUGGGGCAUGGCCACGUCCAUACCCCGGCCCCUGCGCUCGCGCCCGGGACGGCCCUGACCGUGAGCUUCCACGGCCGUCCUGGGCACAGCCCGGCUACGGACUCUGCCUUGCUUUGCUCAUGUUUAGCUGCUCCUCUGCUGCCUUUCAAGCAGGUUUCUUUACUACACUGCACUGGAUUGCUAUAUUUUUAACCAGAAAUAAACUAAAGAUUAGAGCAUG